GGCCGCGUGCUGUCCGAGUGGCGGCUCCGAGCUCACCCAUUGGCUGUCCUGUGCCAUACCGUUCACCUGGUCAAACCACCCAUUAGGCGAGUGUUUAUAUUUACAGCCCAUUGGUGCCCCAUUUGCCCGGGCGUGAUCUGGGUGCUAUAUAAGCGUAGAGAGGCGGCAGAGAGGUGGUGCAGUGAGCAAUCAGGCAUCCGCGAUGGAACAGCUGGUGCUGAUUUCCAUCAUCCUGGGACUGACCCCGUCAGCCUGGGCAUUCUUUCCGUUCUUUGGAGGAUUCGGAGGAUUUGGAUAUGGAGGCCUCGUAAGCCAUAGCCCCGUGGUGCAGCCCAUCAUCAUCAAGCCACCGGAGCCGGAGCCGCCGCCAGAACCGAAGGUCGAGGUGCACGUGCACGGCGCUCCGCACGAGCCGCCGCCGCCGGAGCCGCCGCCACACCCGCCGCCGCCCAUUAUCAUCGUGGCGAGCGGAGGCGGCGGUCCUCCGCCCCCGGAGCCGCCUCCUCCGCCGCCGCCCAUCAUCGUACUGCCCAUUGGAGGAGGAGGUGGAGGACCCCCGCCGCCACCACCGCCACCGCCUGGUGGACCUCCCAUUGUGGUUCUGCCGGUCGGAGGCGGCGGAGGAGGCGGACCGCCGCCGCCACCUCACGGCGGUGGAGGGCCCCCGCCGCCGCAGAUUCUGGUGCUGCCGAUGCCGGGCGGCGGCGGUGGUCCGCCCCCGCCCCCGCCCCCGCCCGUUAUCGCGUACGGCUAAGGAAUGUGGUCGUUUGGCUUCGCCCAGUGGUCUCGUGGUUACUACGCUGCGUGCGAUGUUUUCAGUCAUUUAUGUUCUUAGUGCCAUCGCAUACGUGGAUCGCCAAGUCAUGCGUUUGAAAAAGUCAAUGCCAUGCACCGUGUGAACUGUUAUUGCACCCUCUUUAGGUCGCGUUUCUUGCUCAUGCCGUUUGAAAUCGUUUGUUGAGUUGAAACCGUGGUUAAACCAUUUGUUACAUAUGUUUUGAAUACAAGUGAGAAAAAU